GUGGCAAAAUAAUAACAUUCAUUCAACACUUCAAAGAACGACGGAAAAGUGAAAAACUAUAAAUUUUACCGCAAUAAAUUGUGCUAGUUUACCGGAUAACGUCGGGACUAGUUGCUGCAUUGCAUUGUAAGGUUCAUUCUUAUUAAUCAGAGCGAUACAAAGUUUCUUCUCGCAUUGUAUUGUUCGGUGCCAAUGUAGAGCAUUCCAGCUGGAUAUAUAUUCCGGUACAGAGACCGCACCUGCUAUUGUUGGCUGGAAUUGUAUUAACUACACAAUGAGGGUACUGUUUCUUUGUUGCGUAGUCCUGCUUCUGUUCGGGGAUGCCUGGAGUGAGCUAGAAUUGAAGGGUCCCGAAGAAGAAUCCGUGCGAAGGAAGGCAGUAGAAAACGAAAAGGAACCCGACGAGAGGGAAACAUCAAACGAACGGAAGUCAGCCGAGGGACUGUUGGAAGAAUCGCUAGAGAAGGACACGAAGGAUAAACAGGUGGAAAGUGAAGGAUCAAAAUUGAACGGUGAUAAGUCGGUUGGAAAUGAGAUUCUACCGGAUGAGUUGCAGUUUAUGAGAUCGGCAAUAAAGAUCGUUAAAGCACCGGACUUAUCGCAAGAUAAGGAAAGCCACAAGAUGUCCGAGAUGCUUAAUGAAUUUCUCGAGAAUCACGAACGCAUGAUUCAGAAGAUGGAAAACGAAAUCGAUGAAAUUAAUCGGAGCGUUCCGGGUGACGACGAUGAAGCGGACAAGCCGUUGACACCGGAGCAAAUAGAGGCAAAUGAGGCGUUCGAUCGGGCGAUGGCUGUGCUAAACAAAACCAAAGUCGAUAAGCUGCAGGGCCAUAAGUUGAUGUUGGAAGCUGCCAACAAGGGACAUCCGCUUGCCCGAAGUCACGUUGCUUGGGCUCAGCUGCUCGGACACCCGGUGCAUAUGGAUAUUGAGUCGGCGAAGAAAACGUUCCUGGAACUGGCCGAAACCGGUUUGCCCGAGGCUCAAAUGGGCCUCGGUUUCAUGUAUGCCACCGGAAUUGGGUUCAACGUUAGUCAGGGUAAAGCGUUGGUUUACUAUACGGUUGCCGCAUUGGGUGAUAAUUCUUGGGCUCAGAUGGCUCUCGGCUAUCGCUACUGGGCUGGUGUGGGAGUACCGAAUAGUUGCGAAACGGCGUUGGAUUUCUACAGGAAAGUUGCCACUAAAGUGGCGAAUUUGGUGACCUUUUCCGGUGGUGCGGCGGUUCAUCGCAUUCGUCUGUUGGAUGAAGUCGAAAAUUCGGGACCAAGUUCGGGGAUUUUGGAUAAUGAUUUGAUUGAUUAUUAUCAAUUGCUGGCGGAUAAAGGAGACGUUCAAGCACAGGUGGGAUUGGGACAGUUGCACUAUCAGGGUGGCCGCGGGAUACCGCUUGACCAUCAGAAAGCGCUGCAGUACUUCAGUCAGGCUGCCAAUGCAGGUAAUGCCGUAGCGAUGGCAUUCCUGGGGAAGAUCUAUCUGGAGGGAAGCGAUAAUAUUAAAGCCGACAAUGAUACUGCGUUCAAAUACUUUAAGAAGGCAGCCGAUUUGGGAAAUCCCGUUGGUCAAAGUGGGCUGGGAAUUAUGUUUCUUCAGGGUAAAGGCGUUCCGAAGGAUACGGCCAAAGCGCUUAAGUAUUUCACUCAAGCUGCCGACCAAGGCUGGGUCGACGGUCAGUUGCAGCUGGGAAACAUGUACUUCAGUGGAAUUGGUGUGAAAAGGGACUUUAAAUUGGCGAAUAAGUAUUUCAAUUUGGCGUCGCAGUCCGGUCACGUGUUGGCCUUCUACAACCUCGGUCAGAUGCAUGCCGUUGGCUUAGGGAUGAUGCGAUCUUGUCCCACCGCUGUUGAACUGUUUAAAAAUGUAGCAGAACGUGGCAAAUGGGCCGAACGGAUGAUGGCUGCCCAUCAGGACUACCGGGCGUAUCGUUUCGAGGAAGCUUUCAUGCAGUACGCGCUGAUGUCGGAACUGGGCUACGAAGUAGCUCAAAGUAAUGCGGCGUUCCUGCUCGAUCGGGGUGAAAUCAACCUGUUUAAGGCAAGAGACGAAGAGCUGAUUAGAGCACUGCAAUUCUGGGGCCGUGCAGCGGCCCAAGGUUAUUCGGCUGCUCAGGUUAAGCUGGGCGACUACCACUAUUACGGACUGGGAACGCUUGUGGACUUCGAAACGGCUGCCUCCCACUAUCGCAUGGCUUCGGAACAGCAGCACAACGCACAAGCGAUGUUCAACCUGGGCUACAUGCACGAACAGGGUUUGGGCAUGAAGAAAGAUAUCCACCUCGCGAAGCGGUGCUACGAUCUAGCGGCGGAAACCAGCACCGAUGCGAAGGUUCCCGUCUCGCUGGCGCUGAUGAAGCUUCAGCUGCUGUUCAAGCUGGAAUCACUCAAGGAGUCCCCGUUCAACGUGCUGUUCAGUCUGGACGAGAAUAUCGCCUCCAACUGGGAUCUGUACUUGAUCACGCUGCUAACGGUGCUGCUUGGAGCGGCCCUCUACUUCCGAAGGCCUCCCGGACCAGGCGCCGCCAAUGCGGUCCCAACGCCGCAACAGCAACCGCAACCGCAACCCCGUCAACAACCACCACCGGACGAGGUACCCCUCGUUGAGAGGCCAUCGACAUCGACAUCGACAGCGGAUGCUACGCCAAGCAGCAGCACCGAUAACGGAUCGCAACCACGUCGACAGCAACGCGAAGAUACGCCACAGUAAAAUAGAAGAAAGGUUGUCCUACGCGCGUUCGACCGUACACUAAGUCUCGUGCUAAUACGGUUUUUGUUUUGUUUUAUUAUUCCUUGGUUCUGAACUCAUUUUUUUUAUUCCUAGUGAAAAACGCCCAAACUGUGUGGGCGAUGAUGAGAGCAUUUGCUGUUUACUUUCUCCGUCGGUGAUAAUUGUGAAUAUGAGCAAGUUUUUUGAGUGCACUGAUAAUCCGUCAACUAUCUAGUAAUGAUAAUGAAUGCAUGGAACUGAAUAUCAUUGUGAAUUAAAACGCAUAAAAUAAGUGUAGAAUGCUGGAGUUGGUU